AUGAAUGAAAGUUCUAGUAGAGUGUUAACAAAGGUAGGAUUGGUGAAACUUGUGAAAGAUGAAAGUCCAACAGAUAAUGAUGGACAGAAAUAUACAAAAUUAAAUGAACCAAAUGAACAUGUUUCAAAGGAGGAUGAAGAGGCGAAAUUAGAAAAAUUAUUAAAAAAGAGACAAAGUAUUAAAAAGGAUAUUGUAACAAUAACAGAAAAGGCAAAAGAUGAAAUUAAAAAAUUAGUUAAAGAAUAUCAUAAGAAACAAAAUAACAACACAAAUUAUAUUUUGAAAUUAUUUUAUAUCAUAAAGGGAUGCAAUGGUUUAACUCAUUCUUUUAAUUUCGUUCAUCAAAAUGAUCUUCACGUUAAUGAUGAAAUCAUUUAUGAAAAUAAAAAUCGUGAAAAAAUUCUCUUAGCAAUUGACAGCAAAUGUAUUUUGUACGUUAUUAAUACAACACUUGAUUAUUAUAAAGACGAUUUGACUGAAAAAUUUAUUUUUAUCAAUCCGAACGUAACAUCUGUGUGUCCCUGUGGAACCAGUUUCCAUUUUAACCGAAAGGACGAAAAGGCUGAGAAGUAA